UAAGUAUGAGAGGAUCCUUAUUUUUAAACAAGUCUCUUGCCUUCGCUGCUUGCUGAGCUGGAGCAGGAAUUUACUAUCAGUACAACCUAUCUAGAGCAACCAUGUGGAAAGACAACGGUAACAGAGUAUAUGCUUGGGGAGCUGGAAUGCAUGGCCAGCUCGGUUUGGGAGAAGAACAAUUCUCAGUUGAUGUCCCAACAGAGGUUGAAGAACUAUCUGACAAAAAUAUCAUUAAAAUCACAGCAGGAGGAGACAUCUCAGCUGCUCUCUCUGACGAAGGAGAUAUUUAUCUAUUCGGUAAGACUAAAGGAGGCGCAAUGGGAGGAUCUGGAAAGACAUUUACAACCAACUUAACUCUUCCGACUCUAUUCGAGUUCCAGGAUGCCAAAUUUAAGCAUGUUUCUUGUGGAAGAACUCACUGUGCAGCCAUUACCAACGACGGAAGAAUAGUCACAUGGGGAAAUCCGGAUAACGGAAAGCUUGGCCAUGGAGAAACUAGCACUGAGAAAGCCUACAAACCAAAGAAUUACGCUGACAGAGCCGAAGCUGACUUCGUCAAUGGAGAACUUGAAGGAAAGAAGAUUGCACUAGUCGAGUGCGGGUUUAACAUCACUGUCGCUCUGACUGAAGAUGGUGAUGUAUAUUCAUGGGGUUUUGGCAGAGAAGGAGCCUUGGGUCAUGGAGACUAUGAAGACACCUAUCUCCCCAAGAAAAUUGAUUCCUUAAGCAAUAUCACAGAUAUUAGAUGUGGAGGAGAUUUCAUUCUUUGUAAGGAUAAAGAUGGAAAUCUUUAUUCUUCUGGAAAGAAUACCUAUGGACAACUUGGUAUUACUGGACAGAACGCAUAUAAGGAAUGAGUCCCGACUAAGGUAGGGUUAUCAAGGCUUGCAUCCCCAGCACAGUUCUCAUGCGGAGAAGAACACUGCUCGGUAAUAUCCACCUCGGGAACUAUCUGGACUUGGGGAUAUGGCAAUGAUGGACAGCUUGGCCAUGGAAAUAAAAAUAGUUUGAGUACCCCCAAACAUAUUAAGGGAUUCAAAGAUAUAGUCUCAUCAUCUUGUGGAGGAGGACAUUCUGGAUUCAUCCUUGGUAGCGGAGAACUAUAUAUGUACGGAAGAGGAAGAGAUGGACAACUUGGAAGAGGAGAUGUUAUUGAGAGCAUGGCCGCUUAUAGAACAGAACCUUUGAGAGUAGAAUAUUUGUUCAAAAACGAGAUAAAGGCAAAGCAGUUGGCAUUGGGAGCAAAUCACUCCAUAUCUCUUGUCUCUAUAGAUAAUUAA